AUGUUGCUCUUCACGAUGCUCAGCAUCGCCCAGGUCCCCGGGGAUGGGCUGGAGUUAAGUGUGCUCAGCGCCUUCAAGUGCUCAAGGAAUAUAAUGGCCGAGUCAAUCACUUGUCAGAGAGGGCUCAUUACAGCCGGCGGAGACAAGGAGCCGGGCGGCGGAGGGCAGGCUGUGCGCAGCGGGGUGCGUGGCACGGGCAGCUCGCUCUUUCUUCGCCCCCGCGCUGCUGCAUUCUCUCGCCUGAUGCCGAUGAAGGAUGGGUCGCGGCGGCUGCAAACUGCCUUCGUCUGCUGCAGUGGCCAGAGGCAGGAGGUCCCCAUCCUCAGGGACAGCCAGGAGGGAGAGAUGAUGCUGAUGCUGGUGCGGGUACCGGUGCCUGUACGGGUACUGGAGAUACCAGUGCAGGGCUCUGGCAAAGGUACCCUGCCCGGCGCCCUGGCUGCCCGCCCGGCAGAGCAGGCUCAGCAGCGCUGGGACCGCAGGGUCUCUGCCGGCAGACGGGCUGUGCUGGCACGGCAGGGGCCUGCCAUCACUCACUCCAUCGUUGAAGGCACCCGGGUGUCGCAGACCUUCCCCCACGAGCAAUCGCUCUCCUCGGGCAUCCCGACGCUCAGAGAUGCUCUCCCCGCGGCCAGGCUGCCCCCGGCGCUGCUGAAGGAGAAACCAUCACUGAAGGGUAUUUUUAACAUCACCUUGCAUCCUUUCUGCUCGCAGGCGGCCAUAGCCGAUGCCGGCGUCAGCCUGGAUGAGGUGCGCAGCUUUAUCGGGGGAACACUACCGCAGUAG